AUGCCGUCAAAGAUAUUGUUCUGUUGCGGCGAGCCAUCUCCAGAGGGAGGGGAGACAUCGAUAGUCGCGAGUGAUGUGAUCGUCGGGAAGAUGGAGGAGAGGAUGCCGGAGUUUAUGGCAAAGGUGGCCAUGGUCGGAUUAAUUUAUGGCAGCAUAACAUGUGUUGAUGCAGAUGCUGACACCCAUGUCGUGCUUAAUAAGACCUGGAAGUCCUUCCUGGACACCGACGAUGAGGUCGAGGCAGAGAAAAGGGCCAUAGAAAGCCAUUGUUGCAACAAAGUCAACUUCUUUAGUAAUGGCAGCGCUGAGUUUGUCUUUGGACCGUUAAAUCCAGUAUUUGAACAUGAGGGGAAGCGGGCAUGGAUUAUCCCACUUGAUGGCUACACAGCUGAUAGAAAUAUGGCGACCAAUAAAUUUGGUGAUGGAAGCGCUUUUCCUUCGGAAGUGUUUGGCAUCUACGAGCAGCUUUUGCAGGACAACUACGUCGACAUUAAAUGGCAGAAAGGUGACGUUUUGCUUCUCGAUAACUACGUCGUGCAGCAUGCAAGAAGGCCGGGGAAGCCUCCACGACGAGUGCUUGCGUCUAUGUGCGUAUGA